CGCUACAUGGUGCGCUGGAACGCCGCGGUUCUCUGCGCCGGCUGCGGCCGCUGCGACCACCUCGAUUGCCACCGUGGACCUUUCCUCGUGGUUUACAUGGGCUAUGCUUGUGUGGAGCUGGGCUAUGCUUCUCGGGAGCUGGUCGUCUGCACCUAUUCAUCCGAUGCGGGUACAUGGAGCGACCCAAUUUCCACAGAGCAGCCCACUAAACUUGUCAAUUUCAUGCCCAGCGUUGCUUGUGGGGAAUGCACUCUACUUUGGGUGUAUGGCCAGCAAAACACUUCUGAAGUAUGACUUGGAAUCAAACGAAAUAUCUGUAGAUCCACUGCCAUUUACAUACCGCAUCUGGCGGCAUGUUGUGCUCGACAAUGAGCUAGGAUUAGCCACCGUACAUGAAUUCAAGCUCUGCCUGUGGAAGAAGGCUGGUCCUGAAGUGGAUGCUGGGUGGACAGAGAACAGGGUCAGUGACCUUGAGACGCUGCUCCCCAAUGAUGCCUUCUUGACCCCACCUGUUGUGGUUGGCUUCGCAGAUGGCAUCGAUGUGAUUUUCUUGAGGGCGGACAGUGUGCUCUAUACGACUGAUACAAAGACCUAUGAGGUGAAGAAGGUUUUUGAGGGCAGACGCAUCGAAUCUGCUAUUCCUUACAUGAGCUUCUUCACUGCAGCACUGGGGGCUGUCUCUACGGGUGUGGGACCAGGAGUUGGUGCUUCGAGUACAUGAAAAUUCCAAUGCAAGGUCUUCUAAACCAAGAAUGAAGUGUCGUUCUUCGCUGAUUUGGAGGUAGCCUCAGGAAGCUUUCUUCAUGUCGUUGCCCUCAGGCUGCGUGUGUGCCCCGUUUCCGUGGUGGUUCGAGUCGGCUAGUUAGUUCUAGUUGCUCCUUAGUAGUUUCGCUUUGGGUCUGCGUGCCCCUGAACUUUGGCGUAGGUGGUGCCUGGUAAAUAAUGGUGUUGUGUGGUGGAAUAGCUCCUUUGAAUCUUUGGUGUAAGGAGUACGGAGUAGUUAGGAGUCGCUGAUAGCUCUCUCUAAAGCUAGUAACUUCCUAGUCGGUGUAAAGCUUACUUGAGCUUUGCGCUCUCCCCUCUCGCUCUGUUUCGGAACUUGAGCUUGCAAUCUCAAUCAGUUCGGUUUGUCUGCUUUAAGCUUAUCUCAACUUAUUUCGGCUUA